AGUUACAGUAAGUUAAUUCCACCUUGAUAUGGUAUAUAGGUCUUGACCUAUCCGCGCUCAGUGCUGCCGCAUGGUGCCCGCAUCUCCAAACUGCGCUUGUCAAAAGUGAAAGUGAGAGUAAAUCCGUUCCCCUCGACACGAGUCUUCUCCGAAGGUAGCAUCUCCUCCGGUUGCAUGAAGGAUACCUCCGCCUGGGAUUACACCACAGCGACAGUGGGUCUUCAGACGAUGACACGAAUUCACCUUUUGGCGGCUCUUUGCGCAGCUUUGUCUAGUUCAGCAUCUGUUUCAAAAAGCAUCGUGGUUUCGGUCAGGUCCCCUGUGUCAGAGCACCUAGGUCACGCCACCACAUUGCCAUGCUGGCUCAAUCCGGCACAGAGUGCAGAGGGUCUGGAGGUGCGCUGGUACCGCGAUGAUCACUUUGAUGCCCCGAUCAUACUUUAUCGGGAAAAAACGCUCAAUGCAACCCAGGCAGCUUCCUAUGUGGGCCGAGUGUCGUUUGGCUCGAAGGAUGCAGCGUCCGCUGGGCUGACAGCAGGCGAUGUGAGCCUGAGGCUGCUGGAUGUCACCAUUGAGGAUGCAGGAGAAUACAGUUGUUACGUCAGCAGUGAUCAGGGUUAUGACCGUGGACGUGUCAGCCUCAAUGUGACUAAAACGGGAACCUCCCCUGUCCUGACUGCGGUGUGGAGAGAGGAAAACCUGGCGAAUGUGAGCUGCCAAUCUGAGGGCUGGUAUCCGAGGCCGAGGCUGCAGUGGUCGGACGGCAAGAAGAUUCUGACCCCAAAAAGUUUGGAGUACGGCGAAGUCUCGUCGGGUCUGGUGUCAGUCCACAGCUGGCUCCUAGUCCCAGGCUCCUCCGACGUUUCCUGCUCAGUAGGUCUCGCUGGUGCGGAGGUGAAGGAGGCGAGACUGCUUCUGAGAAUCCCUCCUCAACCCCCUCAACAGGAGUCAGGCUCCUCAGUGGCUGGAUGGGUGGCCUUCGCUCUACUCCUCAUAGCCGUGUUAGCUUUACUUGGAUUUCUGUGGUUCAAAAAGAGAGGCCUAGUUUGUGGGAAGAAAGUCAAAACAGAGAAGAGCCAAGCUGACGAGAAUCUGAAACUUCUACCCGAAGCUAAACCAAUGGCGUUUGCAGAGGCUAAAGACUAUUACGUGAAUAUCAAACUUGACGAGGCAACAAAUCCAUACCUCAAAACCAAGGGUAGUAUUCUGAGAGACAUUAGUCAGGAUCUUCCUGAUGGACAAGAGGUUACCUGUCUCACAGCGAUCAGGGGAACGCCUGGCUUCUCUUCGGGACAACACUACUGGGAGGUUUCUUUGGCGACAGCAGCCGUAGAGCCCAAACAGUCCUGGUGGGUAGGGGUUACAAAUGCAACUGGCUGCCUUCAGCGGUGUAAUGUUCCCCCGACCGCAUCUAAUGGUUUCUGGUUCCUGUCCUCUUCCCCCGCCACAGCAGACUACUGUCAGUUUAGCACAGAACCAAAGGUCUUGCUGCCUGUCAACCUAAGACUGACGAAAGUCGGUGUACAUCUGAAUUAUGACAACAGAGAGCUUUCCUUUUAUGAUGUGGAUCGUGAAUGUAUUAUUGGAUCUUUCAGAGCCCCAUUCACAGGUGAAGUCUUUCCGUUAUUCAAUCCCGGUAAAGGUGACAAGGCACCUAUGGAGAUAUUACAGAGGACAGCGCCCGAGGAGUGUGGUGACACGGGGAACUCUGUAGUUUUGACAGCAAAAGGAACAACUAACGACUAGUUCCAUUAUCGAUUAAUCGGAUCAUUAUUUUCUCAAUUAAUCGAUUAGUUGUUUGGACCAUGAAAUGGUGAAAGAUGUCGAUGGGUGUUUUUCCAGAGCCCAAGACCACGUUUUCAGGGGUGGUCUUGUUCUAGUAAAGCACACUAAAGGUUGCAAAAAUGUAAUGUUCCUCGUAGGUGACCCGUUUUGUCUUUUUGUGGUAGUAGUAUAUAGAAUUGAAAAAAUGUUUUUUGAGACGACUUGUCACACUAACAGUUUUCAAGUGUUUUGUGAAAGAUGAAUUAGCAAUUUUGUAGUAAUGUUUCUCUUGUGUCUACUGCCUGUUACAUAGUAAGACAGGCAUUAAAAUGAAUUAAGUCAUUAUGGGAAAUAAAUGGUUUCGUGUACAUAAAGUACUUUUAUUUCCACUAAAUUAAGCUUUUUGAAAAAGCUGAAUAAACCAGAGAUCCUGCAUA